UUUCAGUAAUCAUUUCAUGAAACAUUGAGACGAUGGCUUUCAUUGGAAGAAAUAUUCUUUUAAGACAAAGCAAGACGAUUAUUCGAACGUUUUCCUCCUCCAUGCAGCUGAAGUCCAGUUCUGCCGAUACGAAUUUUCAGACAGCAAAAGAACGGUUGAAUACUCUUGGCAUUCAACCUGAAAAUAAUACAAAACUGAAGAUGUAUGCAUUAUUCAAACAGGCCACUGUGGGAAAGAACAAAACGGAUAAACCAGAAGCUUCAAAUUUUGCUGGACAAUAUAAAUGGUCAGCAUGGACGGAACUGGGUGACAUGACAAAGGAUGAAGCAAAACAGGCCUAUGUUGACCUCGUCACUGACCUGGAAAAAGCUGAAGUUGCCAAUAAAAAUUCAACAGAUAGUAAUUUCCAGCAAAAACUAGAAAGUAGUGCAAAAAGCUACGGAUCUGAUGGAUUAUUGGUCAAUACAGAGAACAAGAUAAUGACUGUCACUUUGAACCGACCGAAAAGAUACAACGCACUAACGUUUGAUAUGUACGAGGGAAUAAUUAAAAUACUCGCAGAUGCAGCGAACGAUGAUUCUGUAUCUAUUGUAACGUUUACUGGUACUGGGAAAUACUUCUGCAGUGGCAAUGAUUUGAAGAAUUUUUCUGGAAUAACACCGGCUAAUCUAAAACAAAAAUGUCUGGAUACUGCAGCCAUGCUACAACGGUAUGCAGCUGCUUUUAUUGACUUCCCGAAACCUCUGAUUGCUGCAGUGAAUGGACCAGCCAUCGGAAUCUCAGUAACCCAAUUAGGACUAUUUGAUGCAGUCUAUGCAAGUGAUGAAGCUACUUUACAAACUCCAUUUACUAAGAUUGGACAAAGUCCGGAACUCUGCUCGACAUAUAUAUUUCCGAAAAUCAUGGGCCAUUCGAAGGCCUGCUCAAUGCUACUCUUCAAUGAAACAUGUACCGCUCUUGAAGCAGAACGCUUGAAUCUAGUAACUAAAGUUUUUCCCAACGCCAGCUUCCGGAAUGAUGUAAGAAAAGAGGUUGAAAGAAUAAGUCAGUUCCCAAUGAAAUCAUUGAUUUACUCGAAGCAGCUCACCAGAGGAUGUGAAAGAGAAAUGCUUCACAAGGUGAACAAGGCCGAAUGCGAGAGAAUCGCCGAAAGAUGGUCAUCAGACGAUUGUAUGAAAGCUGUAAUGGGAUUCUUAGCCAAGUCUUGAUCAAACAUGCAAUAAAAUUAUACUGUUUUCUGUUAUUUACCUUACUUUCCCCCCUCAUCUUUCUGUUUUUCAAUGAAUUGUAUACAAUUUGAACUGUAUGUAAUGUUAUCAUUUCAAAAAAAAUGUUAUUUUUAUGAAGCAUUACUUGAUUUCUACAAUAUACCCAGUGGUGGAAUUCAAAUUUUU